CAGGCAGGCUCCCGGUAAGCUCGUUCAGCUCUGGCGCUAGCUAGCCUGCCUGCAUCCUCCACCGAUCCCGUCUGGUAACGCCGCUCAUGGACCGAGCCCCUCCACUGGCGCCGUAAACCCCCACCCCCCAGCUCCCUCACCCAUCAGCCGUUCAUGCCACAAGGUGUUCGGUACGCGCAGCCCGGUCUGCCGCUGCUGCGGCUCCUGGAGGUGUUGUGGUUCUCGCGAGCGGCCGCGCUGUUUCCACAGCGUGCGGAGGAGCAGCGGGUCGGAGAAGAGAAAGGAGGACAACAAACCAGGGAUAUUAUCAAUUUCAUUACUAAUUCUGAUCAGUAAUCAGCGACGUGUGGGAGAACGUAAGCUAUGAUGCGGCGUUGCUGGGCUCGAGCCGGACUGGACCGGGACAAGCGGUGCUAAGGAAGGUCACAUUGCAGGGGACCGUUGGAGAGACACCGUCACGUGACCUCUGGUACCAAAUGGUCUUCCGGCAGUGGUUUUCAGUAAGGACCGGAGCAAAAGAAGACGCUGCCACCUCUCUCAGAAAUGCAGAAGACAACAUACUACGACAACUCCGCAACGCUGUUUGGUGGCUACUCGUCCUACCAGGUGCAAGGGGCAGCAGCUGCAGCUGCAGCCGCAGCCAAUGGCUUUGGUGGCUACGAUGCCCCGGUUCCAGUGUCCCACCACCAGCCCGCCUUCCAGUCAACAACCCAUCUGGAUGUGGAUUCGUACCAGCGUUCUGCCUGCUCUUUACAGUCACUUGGCAGCAAUGGAGGCCACCAGCAGCAGCAGCAGCAGCUAGCCAAGACCAAGGAGCUAAAUGGCAGCUGCAUGAGACCCAGUCUGCCGCCUGAGCACCACCCCGUCUCCCAGGUGUCCCCCCCACUGCCCCCAAACCCAAGCAAUGGUAAUGGCACAGCUCAGCAGCCGGGGGGCGGUGUUGGGUCCUCUGCAGUCUCUAAAUCAGGCCCCAAUAAGUCAUCUAAUUCUUCCUCGUCCACAUCAUCUUCCUCAUCGUCCUCCUCUUCACUGCCGCCCAACCCAACUCUGGCCAAGCAGAUCUUUCCCUGGAUGAAAGAGAGCCGGCAAACGACCAAGCAGAAAAACUGUUCACCCAGCAACACCUCUGGAAAUGUAUCAGGAGGAGCUGAGAGUGGCAGCAGUGGGGAGAAAAGUCCGACCGGUGGCUCGUCAGCGUCCUCGAAGCGAGCUCGCACGGCGUACACCAGCGCCCAGCUGGUGGAGCUGGAGAAGGAGUUCCACUUUAACCGCUACCUCUGCCGGCCGCGCCGCGUGGAGAUGGCCAACCUGCUCAACUUGUCUGAACGCCAGAUCAAAAUCUGGUUUCAGAACAGACGGAUGAAGUACAAGAAGGACCAGAAGUCCAAGGGUUUGAGUUCCAGCUCUGGGGGACCGUCACCGACAGGCUCCCCUCCUUUGCCCAUGCAGUCUUCCGCCAGCUUCCUAAACUCAAUGCACCCCAUGGGAGGUGGAGGUGGAGGUGGGGGGCCAGCCUACGAUACCCCGUCUCCACCGUCCUUUGGAAAGAUUCACCAAGGAGUGUCUUACUCGAUGUCCACGGCCUAUUCCAAUGUGUCCAUGAAGGGCUGCCCCCCCCAGAAGUAUGGUGCCCCAGAUCCGGACUAUGGUGAUCCCCACCCCCACCACAGCCUAGUCCAGGCCAACAACACUGGCUACGGGACUCCAACCAACAUGCAGGCCAGUCCAGUCUACGUUGGGAGUGGCAGCUACGUGGAGCCCAUGCCCGGCUCGGGGCCCUCCAUGUACGGGCUAAACCAUCUCGGCCCCACACAAACCCAUCACCAAACCAUGGACUACAAUGGCGCAGGGCCCAUGUCAGCCACCAACCAGCACCACGUGGGUGGAGGGGGCCCCCAGGGUCCCUGUGACCCGCCAACACACCCGACUUACACUGAGCUGUCGGCGCACCACACUUCAACUCAGGGCAGAAUCCAAGAAGCACCCAAGCUCACACACCUGUAGCAGGUUUGGAACAAAAUGACAAUGUAGGAAAAAGAAGACAAAGCAGAACAAGUACCACAACUCACUAACAGACUAACUCACGAGGGACUCCACUGCUGCUAUGUGACAGCGGGUGUCUCAAUACAAGACAGACAACAGCCAUCCAGUGGUUUGUCCUCAUCAGCAGCCACAAAGAGCCAGAAUCAGUUUCAUGUUUUACUGCCCUCAGAAAAAUAGCAUCAGUCUGGUUUCCAGCUCCAUAUUUUACUGCUUUCUGAGAAGAACACCUCCCUGAUGGACUUGUUAGGGUCCAACUCUGAUUUUACAUCUCAGUUAGCAUCACCACAAUCAGACACUUAGCAGACGUCACAAAGAAAUCUAAUAUGAAAUAAAAAAGUGUCUGUAUUUCAGUAUUACUAACUAAUUAUCCUUUUCCCGUGGAUUUAUAAGCAUUGUGGACGUUUCUAAACAGCUUUUGUACUGCGGGAGCAAAUUGCAACAUUACAGCUAGCAUGUAUGAAAAAAAUCCCAUAAUCACCCUCUUGGAGUCACUGAGGGGUUUAAAUUUGUUCUUUGAUGGUAAAAUUUCCCCGGAAGACACAUACAUACACACAGCUCUCCUGCCUGAUAAGUGAAAUAGUUGAGAUUUUAAUGGGCAGUUAACGAGGUGGUUGGAUUUAUUAGGCUGAGCUCUCCCCCCUACAGGCAGCACGUUGUUGUCAGCAGAGCCGAGCAGUGUGGAGGACUCUUCAUCCUCCUCUCCAUCAGCUCCAUCUCUGAACAGACAUAUGUGGCUGUAGCUGGCAGCUGGGAUCAUCCUCUGAGCCCUCUGUUUCAUGAAGCACAUAAAAACCACUGGACGGCCUUUUUAUUCACUGUCUCUUUUAUCAUCCUACCUGUUUCUGUCCUGACCCGGUCAUUACUAACCCGCUAUCUAUUUUACUCUCACCAUGCUCCCAACACACACACACAACACACACACACACAUACAGCUGUUCAUCGCUACACUUACAUGCCAUCAGUGUAACAGGGUUUAGGAAGAUAUAAGCUAAAAAUCUAAACUAGCUCUCUGACACAAAUGUGUGCUGACCUAUUUUCUCCUGCAGGAUCCACACAUGCAGCUGCACUACGAUAACUUGUGUUCAUGGAUGUAAACCUGCAGCCAGAACAUGUUAGCAUGUCCGAGGACUUGAAACACACAUUUUUACUGUCUUCGUUUAGGCACAUCUUCGGAACAGGGUAAAUAAUAAGAGAAGAGAAAUAUUUAUUUGCGUUUUGAUAAGUCAUACCCCUCGCCCCCCAGGCUCGCUCUCUGUCGCACGGGAGGACAACAAUGUGUAAAAGUCCAGAUUUUUAAUGUUUUAUUUGUCUUGAUUUUUUAACGUGGAAACAGGGUAUAUAUUUCAACAUAAAUGCAUGACCCAGAGAUCUGAGCAAAUGUGUACAACGGAUUUUUAAAACAACUGGUUUCAUUUCGUCAAACUUCCCAUUACAUUGCAGGGCAUUUCACCCUCGCAGACCCCUCCCACUCGGUGUUCAGUAGCUGAUCUCCUCUGAACUCGCUGAUGUUCAGGAGUUGUUUUUAAAAGUUAAUGUUUUACACAAAUGCUUCUUACAUCUGGGCAUCAUUGUUGCACUUAGAGUUUACAUUUUGAUGGUAAAAGGUUAAAAAAAAAAAGAAUAAAAUCUUAUUUUGAGGAUGGAAGGCCUUCCAAUCAAAGAGCCUUUCGCCAAUGUGUGUUCAAGUGAACAUUCAUAUAUAAAUAUUUAUUUGUUAUAGCCAGUUUAAAAGACUUUCUUUUUUGUAUUAAUAUUAUUUAUCCUUCAUGUAUUUAUAUUGAGGAAAAAUAUUGUACUUUUUUAGUAUUUACCUGUUAUGAAAAAAAUGUGUUUCCUCUUGUCCAUUGUACUGAAGUUGCAAUUUUUUAGUUAAUGUUUUUUAGAGGAAAAUAAGUAGUUUUUAUGUUCCUAUAAAAACCCUUGUACAUAAAUGUCUUGGCUUGUACAGGGAAAAAAGUCAAGUUGGGACUGGAGACCCAUGCAUAGUCCAAAAAUAGAGACAAACCAUUAGCUGGAGAACUGAAGUUUUUCUGGAGGAAAACAGAACCUUUCUUUGUUAUUUGUAGAUCUUUUUCAUUCAUUGUUGAGAGAGUUGUAUGUCAAACAAUUCUUUAAUAAAACUUUAUGUUAUUCAGA